UUUUAAUCGAUUCAUACGUUCACAUUGUACAUUCUUCCACAGAAACAUGAUCUUACGUGUCCUCACAUCUGCUCUUCAUUAGAUCCUUCCAUUCACUCUAAGAAUAGUCUGAAUCGCUUUAUUGUUGCUUUGCCGUAGUUAAAAUAAUAAUAAAGGGCUUCAUCUGAACGUCAAAUGCACCGCACACAAUGCGCGCAGUCUGCUGGAGGAUGACUGACAGGAGUAGGCGGGACCAGAUGGGCGGGGCUUCCUACCGGAGCGAACACGCGGUUCCGUGAGCCGUGCGCUUUUCCCCCCCAGUCCGUGCAGGCCUUUAAACUACGCCCACACCUCGCGAUUCAUGAUUCACGAUUCACCCUGCUUUUAACACACCCCGAAUCCACAGGACACGAGACCAACCGACGGAACCCGUCACACAUCGGCGACAGCGCUCCCGGAAUACCUUCAGCCGCAUCUCAUACGGGUCAUGACGCUGGAAGCGAUCCGGUACCGGUCCGGGUCUCUGCAGAUCCUCAACCAGCUGCUGCUGCCGCACGAGACCGUGUUCGACGAGAUCCGUUCGGUGCGGGACGGAUAUGAGGCCAUCAAGACCAUGAAGGUGCGCGGCGCUCCUGCCAUCGCCAUCGUGGGGUGCCUGAGCCUGGCGGUGGAGCUGCGGGCGGGCGCUGGGGGUGACGACCUCGUUUCCUUCAUCAGGGAUUCUCUGUGCCACCUGACUUCCGCGCGACCCACGGCGGUCAACAUGGGCCGAGCCGCCCGCGAGCUCAUGGAGUUCACCGAGAACGAGAGCAUGGAGAAAAACACAGAGCAGCUGAGAGACAGCGUGAUUGGCUGGAUUGAGGAGAUGUUGGAGCGAGAUGUAAACGACAACAAAAAAAUUGGCAACUACGGCGCCCAGCACAUCCUGUCUGGAGUCCCGCGAGACUCUGUCACCAUCCUCACACACUGCAACACCGGCAGCCUCGCCACAGCAGGAUACGGCACAGCUCUCGGAGUGGUACGGUCGCUGCACUCGCUGGGACGCUUGAAGCGUUUGUACUGCACAGAGACGAGGCCCUACAACCAGGGCGCCCGACUGACGGCGUACGAGGCCGUCGCUGAAGGAUUCCCGGCCACCCUCAUCACAGACAGCAUGGCGGCGCUCGCCAUGAGGGAGAAAGGCAUCACAGCUGUCGUCGUCGGAGCGGACAGGGUUGUUGCAAACGGCGACACAGCGAACAAAGUGGGCACGUAUCAGCUGGCCAUUGCCGCCAAACAUCACGGGGUACCGUUUUACGUGGCGGCGCCCAGCACGUCCUGCGAUCUGAGUCUGGAGAGCGGACGAGACAUUGUGAUUGAGGAACGUCCACCUGAGGAGCUCACCAGCAUCAAUGGAGUUCCUGUAGCUGCACCUGGGAUCGACGUGUGGAACCCGGCGUUUGACGUCACUCCUCACCAGCUGAUCACGGGCGGCAUCAUCACCGAGCUCGGCGUGUUCCUGCCGUCUGAACUGCAGGCCGCUCUGACGGGGAGACUCACUGCUCUGUGAGGCCGCGGCGCCCCCGCUGGCACGGGUGUAUCACUGCACCUCAAACACCUCUCGCCUCCGUCUCUCUCGUAAUGUUUUCACCUCACUGUGGUGGAAGUUGCACCUUUAAUUACACACACAAGCGUCAGCACUGAGGUGUUAACAAGGUACACGCACGUUCCAUUCAAUUCAACACUUACAAAGUGAAGUGGAAUAACACCAUGUGACACAAAAUUGUACAACCCAGGGAUGCUUGUAAACACACACACACACAUACACAUGCAAACAGACACACCUUCUCCUUCUCUCUGUGUGUACAGCUCAUGUCACACCAUCUCAUGUCUUUUGUCCAUAUCGUUGUGAAAACCUCAUUCAUCUGUUCCUUUUUUCCACUCGUUUCUUCCCCUCUAUCUGGCUCAGCUCCAGUUUAUAACAGGAAGUAUUUCAGAGAGAUGGCAAACGGUGGGCAGCCAUUGAGAACAUUCAUAGUAUUUCAAAAUAAAAGUCUUAGGUUUAAUACGGGUUGAACUGAUGUCCUUUGAGGGUGAAUCUCACAAAACCUGCUGAGAGCGUGUCCGGGUCAUGUUUCACCUCAAAAUCAAAUGGAAAAAUAAUCUUUCAUGAAGGAAACAAAGCCUGUUUUAGGACCAUUAAGACUUUCUUUUAAUUACAGUUAUGCAGAUUUUCCCUCCAUAUUCUCAGUACUGUAAUACAAAAACAUUUUCUAUUUAAAUUGUAAAUUGAUACUAUACUUUAGAUUUAAAAAAAUUAACUAUAAAGUGUCCAGUAGUCUAAUUUACACUACCGUUCAAAAGAUUGGGGUCAGUGAGAUUUUUCUGGAAAUAAUAUUUCACAAUAUUUGCUGUAUUUUUAAUCAAAUAUUGUAGAGAUAAUAGGACUUGAUGUUUCAAUCCCUUUGGAAAGCUGGCUUACCUGAUGUCAGCAGUGAGUACUAGGGAGGGUAGGAAUAUCAUUGGGGUCAUCAAGUGGGCACCCUCCUUCAUGGACGUUUCGUUGAUGAACUCACAACGUCUCCAGAGGGCUCAAUGGUGACACCUGGCAUCCCAGGUACACCCCCCUCAACUCCAUGUCCUCCCGUCUUCAUCUCGCCGCCCAGCUGAUGUCUUUUCUUUUCCGCUGCAUUCAACAGGGACUUGAUUGCCUGUUGGAGAGAGCGACCCCUAACCCCCGUUUUACUCAGUAGACUGGUUGUGGAUGUGGCGACAAAACUCCAGCAUCCCAAUUCCACUGGAAAAAUCCUCCCAGCCAUUUUGUGCAGCUUUGGUUGCUAGUUCAGACUACUUCAAACAUUUUCUCUCAAAUGAUGCCUUGUGCCAUUGAGGAGCUUUUGGAAAGAGCCCAAGGCCAGCUCUCCCAUGUUGAGCUUGACCAGUCACGUCCCUAAAAUGAAGUGCCGACUUCACAUUGUGCAUGGCUUCAGAUAUUGUCCGCUUUCUCCCCCCAUUGCACUGUCACCCAAGGGGCCGCCGUUCAAACAGCAAUAUCUUCAGAGUCAGUGAGGGUCAUAACCAACCUUAAGAAUUCAACCAGACUUGUAACUGGUAAUUCUAGUUUGCCAUUGUACAGUCCCACAGCACUUAAGCACUGUGGAAGUCCAAGCCACUGUUUGACCUGUGCGCUUAUCACCCUUUCCAGCUUUUCCACUUUGCUGAGGGGGAUCUCGUACAUAGUUAAAUGCCACACGAGUCUUGAGAGUAUGCCAAACUGUGUAUGCACCACAGCUUGAGAUUUCCUGGCAGCAAGGUCUUGUUGAUAUGAUUUAUAUACAUGAAGGUAUCCUAUUUUAAUUGUUCAAACAGCCCUGUGUCUUUGAGGUGUGAAUCAUACCAUCUGCCCAAACUUUUCACUGGCCUUUCCGAAACAGUUGUGGUCAGGUAUUCCACCAAUAUGAAAUCUUUGAUCUGUGACAUGACCUUUGACAAUGGAGAUGCUUCUGCAUUCACUGGGCCUGAUUUUCAUCCUCGCCCAUAUGAUGUUUUGAUGAAGCUUUUCUAAAAGCAGAGGACAAUUGUCGUAAGUGUUUUUAAAUUCUCCAUAUAGGCUCGUAUUGGUGGUAACCACUGACCAAACUGUAGUCGUUCUCUUCUUGCAACCCAUUUCGAGGCUCUGAUUAUGAGCUCCAUUGUCAUAGUAAAGGCCAAGGCGGAGAUGGUGCACCCCGCCAUGAUGCCUACUUCUAAUAGUUGCCCGGAUCAAGGAACAAGAUGUGCAGUUCCUUCAAUAUGCAGAAGGUUUAUUUGGCGAAACUGUUCAAUGGUGGAUGAAUUCUUUUCUUUUGGGAUCAGCACUCCCCCUGCUCUUCGCCAGGCUUUGGGAGUAAUUUUCUUUUCCCAUACUACCCUCAUGUUUCUCCAAAGAAAUUUCAGAACAUCCGGGGCAGUCUUGUAGAUACUAUAUGGCAGACUGAUGUUGACCUUUUGCCUCUUGCACUUUUGGGAGGGCUUGACACGGUGGCUCGGUGGGUAGCACCGUCACACUUAUGGCAAGAAUGUCCCCGGUUCAAGCCUCGGCUGAGCCAGGAGUCUUUUCUGUGUGGAGUUUGCAUGUUCUCCCGUGUCAGUGUGGGUUUCCUCCAGGUGCUCUGGUUCCCCCCCACACACAGUCUGAAGACAUGCAGGUUAGGCGGAUUGGACAUGCCAAAUUGGCUGUAGGUGUGAAUGCGUGUUUAAGUCCCAAGACAUGUAAUGGGGAGGGUUGGGGCAAGGCUUGGCAAACAUUGCCAAGAAAAUUCAUGGACAGUGUCUCUCAACCUCCUCUUUAGACACUUUCAGAGGUCCACUUUUUUCAUUUGUAAAGAUGUUCUUUAUCAAUUUAAAGUUUGUUCUUGCUUUUUCCUUCUUUUUGCAUCAUUCUCUUCAUUUCUCUGCGCAGUUUCUAGAGCCACUGCCUUAGUGAGACUUCUUUCAAAAAAUGUUACAAAAUCUUACCAACCCCAAACUUUUGAACGGUAGUCUAUCUUAUUUGAAUGAUGUUGAGAUUUUUUGCAUUACAAUAAUGAGAAUUUUGGUGGGAAAAAGUAUUUCAUUGUCAUCUUCAUGAUCCUAAAGUCGUUGCAAAGCUUUAUGCUAAAUAUAAUACCACACAUUUUCUUUUGAUUUUGAGGUGAAGUGUUUCCAUGAGACUUUCCCUUACAGGUCCAACUGUUUAUUAGUUAUAAUAAUAGAUAUGUAAAGUCUAAGCCCGGUUUAAAUAAGGGCUGUACUUUAAUGUACAUAUGUACGAUUUAUCAGCAUAAUGCCAAUCUGAGCGGCAGUACUUUUACAGGGAGUGCCAAUUGAAUCACAUGUUACUGAAUCAAAUGUUAUAUUAACAUUUAGAGAGAUUUGAAACCUGCAGUCGAACAAAUAAAACAGAUACAGAGACUAUGAACAUUCGUGCACAGACGAUUUUUAACAUUAAGUGAAAUACAGUGUGUAUUUAAUGUAUUUAAUUAAUUCCGACCAGAAUGGUCGAUCUAGCGCAAACAUACAAUUACCAGUCAGUGAUUUGAACUUCAAGGUUUCAGGUUCAUCUCGAGCUCUGUGGGCCGUGUCUGUGACAUUCCUAUGACGACAAAUUAUUUUCACUCAUAAUCAACAUCAUGUCACAGAUGCUCGAUUUAAACCUGCGAUAUUCCUUUAAAUCUGUCAUUUAGAUAGAUCUGAUCAGGGCGUAGGGAAAUGGUGCUAUGGAGCUAGACGUUAGACGAUACCUCAGAAGAGAUCCUGAACUCCUCUAGUACUUCCACUUUGUUUUUUAUCGUAGUUCUGUGUCAUAUUUAUUCUCACAUACACACACACACACAUGCGUGGCUGAUCUUGGGUCAGAAUUCGGCCGGAAUGCUGCUGACGCGGGCCGCUGUGUGUUUGGGUGCAGAUCUGAUCCGGGAUCAGCACCGCGAGUCGGUCAGGGCUUCUGCUCCGUGUUACCGAAUGUAACGAGGCCUGAAAUCCUCACUGCCUUACGAGACCAGCAAAAACACCCCGCCCACUGAUGUCCGAUUGGCUGAAUGAGACAGAGCCACGCCUACUUCUCAGAGAGUGCAACCCGGUCAUAUAAAUCUAUGAAAAGAAACAGAAUGAAUCAUUUUCCCCAAUUUUUUUUUUCUUUUUCCCCCCACAACAAGACCAUCACUGUCACUUUAAUUUUAGAUAAUAACAUAUGGUAAUGAAUGCACAUUUAUUUUUACAAUUUCAUCUGUUUAAAUCGAAAAAUGUAGCAUCAAAACACGUAGAGCAGCUGUAAAUGUGUUCAUCUACUUUUUUUCAAAUUCAAAUUCUUAUAUAAUACAGCUCGAAAGAAAAUCUUUUUUUCUUCUUCUUCUUCUUCUUUUUUCUGGCAAAUUUAAUUUCUUUGAUUUUUAAGACCAGAACUAUGAAUGGGAAAUAUGGAAAGUCAAAUGUAGCAUAACCUGAGGUUAUCUGUGUGUGGAUUUGUGUUGUUCUGGAGGUACAAAAUUUGUUUUUCACAUCAAAUUGAUUUUAUUUUUUAUUUUUGGGGGGAUUGUGUGAGCUGAUUAUUUGUUUUAUGUAUAUCUAUACACUGUAUAUCCAUGAAUUGUGAUUCUUGGUGAUGAAACUGUUGUUUAAAGGCUUUCAUUGAGAGGCCCUCUAGACACGACGUGCCACUCGACAACUAGACGCGACAAGCAAAGAGAAAAAUAAAAUUUUUAAGCAGUUUUCGCUCUGGCUUUGAAGCGCUUCACAUGCACGGCCUGGCUCUCAUAGAAACUGAAUCAAGCAGUUAGAUGUUAAUGGAUUGUUUUCUCUGUAUUAUUCGGUCUUUUAUUCUAAUGUAAAAAAAAAAUCUUUAUCCCAACUCACACAUGAGAGAGCCGAUAGAUGGGCCGUUUUCUCCUCCACCAGAUAGUCUAAAUACAGGAGGGUUAGUUGCAUGUGUAGUCAAGUCUUUCACGUGUGCUUUAGUGCGGUGAGAGCAAGAAGUUUCUCCUGCCAAACGACAGUGUGACGGGCGUACGGACGUCGGUCUGAGAGGACCUCUUUGUGUUUCUGUUUGUUCUCGUUCUUCUAAUUGAUAAUCACUGCUGGGUUUGAUUUUGUAUUCUGUGGAAGUAGUUGGAGAAAAAAACUAUUAGACUGGAUGUUUUUUUAUACAUAUGAAUAUAAUAUACAACAUACAUAAAUUAAGAGAUGUCUGUUCCACAUCAGUACAAUAAACAGAGAGAACCAA